AUGUCUGAAAUCAAUAAAGUCGACAUUGCUCAUGAUGAGCAGAGUAUCAUCAAACCCAAUGACGAGCUUCCUGAUCUUGGUCAGUUUGCCCACCUCUUCGAGGGUGUAACUCUGCCACCAAGGGGCAGUGAAGAACGUGCUAAGCUUGAGAAGAGAUUAAAGCGUAAAUUAGAUUUCACUAUUUUCCCUCUUCUUAUUAUUACCUAUAUUUUAAACUAUCUUGAUAGAAACUCGCUUGCCGCGUCAAAGGAAGGUACUAUCAUGGUGGAUUUGAACCUGACUAAUACCCAAUUCAGUACCUGUCAAGCUAUUUUGUUUGUUGGUUACAUUACAAUGCAAGUUCCCUCCAAUAUUAUUAUGGAGAAGCUGGGUAAGCCCCAAUUAUAUCUGUCUGUAGUCAUGAUGAUCUGGGGUGUUAUUUCCGCAUGUAUGGCUGCUGCCAAGAAUUUCAACCAACUCGUUGCCAUCAGAGCUAUCUUGGGUGCUUUCGAGGCUGCUUUCUAUCCUGGUGUUAUGUUCUACCUUUCCAGUUGGUAUACUAGAACUGAGUUGGCCAAGCGUAUGUCUAUCUUCUACACUGGUUCACUAUUAAGUGGCGCUUUCGGUGGUUUGAUCGCUUACGCUGUUGUCACUGACUUGGAAGGUGUCCAUGGUUUGCAUUCUUGGCAAUACCUUUUCAUUAUCGAAGGUGUUGCUACUAUUGGUGUUGCAUUUAUCUGUUUCUUCUGUCUGCCUGAAUUGCCUGCUACUACCAAGUGGUUGAGUAAAGAAGAGCGUCUCCUUGGAGUUGUCAGAUUGAUUGAUGAUAUUGGUCAAGCUGAUGAUGAUUAUGGUGAUUCCACUGAGAAGAAGAGUGCUUGGGAAGGUCUCCGUUUGGCUGUUGUUGAUGAGAAGGUCUGGAUUUACUUGGCCAUUCUGUUCUUCGAAGCUGCCACUGCAUCUCUUAACGCCGUUUUCCCAGCCAUUGUUGCUUCUUUGGGUUACGACUCUUCUAAGACUUUACUGUUGACCGCUCCCCCAUGGUUGUUGGUUUCUAUCACCUCAGUUCUUGUGGCUUGGCAUUCUGAUAAGACCAACGAAAGAUACUGGCACGUUAUGAUCGGUCCUGCUAUCUCCAUGGUUGCAUUUAUCAUUGGUAUCUCUACUCUAAAGACUGCCCCCAGAUAUGUCGCUAUGAUGCUCGUGCUUCAAGUAUACAACUCUUAUGGUCUUUCAUAUGCUUGGGCUUCGAGUAACUUGCCUCGUCCUCCUAUCAAGCGUGCUGCUGCAUUCGCCAUGAUCAACAUUGGUGGUAACUUGCCCAAUGUCUAUGCCCCAUACUUGUUUUCUUCAAACUAUUCCCCUCAUUUCUAUGCUGGUUUCGGCUACUGUCUUGCCUCUGCCAUUUUGUCCAUGGUCUUCAUGACUGUUGCCAAGUGGAGAUUGAACAAACUCAACAAGAAGCUUGAAAAUGGUGGAACUGUUGACGGCUUGGGCCCCGAGACUGGCUUCAAGUUUACUUUGUAA